UAAAUACUCCUGCACCUUUCAACCUUCUUCUCUCUCUCUCAAAAACCCAUCUCUCAAAACCUUCAAAAGAAAUGAAGACUUUCACUUUCUUAUUUGUUUUAGCUCUUUUACUUGUUUCAGGAUCAUUAUCUACUUCCACCCGACCCCAACCCCAACCCAAUUCAUCCAGAGGCAAACCUGCUACUGUCCCUAGAACCAGAGGUGGUGGAAAUGAUAAUCCUGGAAUGGGCGGAUACUUUGGGCCCGGAGCCGGGUUUGGAAUACCGGGAUUUGGAAAAGGUUGGGGAAAUGGGAUUGUUGGUGGCGGGUAUGGAGCUGGUUAUGGAGGUCCAAAUGGAGGGUACUCAAAAGGUGGUAUUAUAAGGCCUACUGUGGUGUGCAAGGAGAGAGGUCCUUGUUACAAGAAGAAGCUGACUUGUCCUGCAAAGUGUUUCACCUCCUAUAGCCGGUCAGGGAAGGGAUAUGGAGCUGGCGGUGGUGGGGGUGGCUGCACCAUCGACUGUAAGAAAAAGUGUACUGCUUAUUGUUAGAUGAUUGAUUGUGGUAACCGGUAGCCGGUAAUAGUUUCUGCUAUAUUUUAUACACCUAUUACUAGUAGUAGUUCGAGUAUGUGAUCUGGUUUGAUGAUCAUUUUGAGUAUCA